AUGGAGACUAAAACACAUUUAUUUUACAAGGCAGAAGAAAGUGUCUCUGUAUCAGUUAAUGACUCUGAUUCUUUUGGAACCAACUUGUCACCAAGAAAUACUGAAAGUAAGAACUACAUUAAAAUUUCUAAAACAACAGAGAAGAAAAAUCCACCUGAAAUUAAGGGUUUAACCCCAAAAUACAAAAAAAAAAUGAAUGAUUGCAGGUUUAGGAGAGAAACUACACAGAUAAACCUGAAAUAUCUUGAAUUCCAGAGGUAUGAGACAUCAGUAUCCUUAUGUAGAGAAGAAAAAUACUCUGAAUUUUCAGCAUCAAAAAAAUUCAGGAGAAAGGAAAGUUUACAAGUACAGCUGUGUACUAUAAGAACUGAGACUCCCUCUCCCUCUCGGAAGCCGUCAAAAGAGAAGAUGACUCGGAAAGAAAGCACUUUACACAAGCUGUCGAGUCAGUACGGUGGUCGCAAGACUUUGUUACCUCUUUCUACAUCUUCCACAGCUACUCGGAGGAAGUCAGCACCUUCUAACCUCUACACGACAUUAUAUGAACAAAUACCUGAUGGAUACUUACAAUUCCAAGAAUUAAGUGUGCUUCCUAAAGCCUGCAGAAUUUUUAGUAAAAUUCGAAAUGGUGAGAUUUAUGUGAGUGAUUUGCCAGUGGUUCUUCACACCUUGAAGAUUUCAAUGAGUCAUUCGGAAAUGCGACAAGUGCUAAAGACUAUGGAUAUUGAUGGGCAGUUUUCAUUCCAGGAUGUCUGGAGGACUUUUUCUAAGGUGAAAUGUGGUAGAGUUGCCAUUGAUGAAGUGGCUGCUGUUUUGGAAAGCCUGGAUCUUCCUGUAAGCCCUGAAAUCCUCAAAGAAGUGCUAAGAUACACUUAUGUGGACAGCGACAACACAGUGGGUAUUGGGGAUAUUCUGUUUACUUUGGAAGACCUGCAGCAACAGUAUGAAGAUGUUUCCAUCUCCAAUGGUUCAUCCUUGGAUGAAACUGCUUCAAGUAGAAAGUCAUCAAGUAUACCAGGACACUAUCUAUAGCAUAAGAAGAAAGGCAGCUCAAUUUCCAGAUUGUCUGAACCUUCAAUAUUAAAAAAGUUGAGCAUGUCCCCCCAUCAGUCUCAUAGUAAAAUUAUGGAGAAACAUGAUGACCUUGAAUCUAAACCAUCAAAAACUUCUUUACAAGCUAGAAGAUUAUCAAGUGGAGUUGACAGUGAUUAUGUGGGAUUAUAGGACCCAUAUUCAAAAAAUGGCAUGAACUUUAAAAAACUUUCACAGAUGGCAGACUUCAAAUCUAAAUCACAUAGCUUGAAGAGUUCCACAAGCAUUAAUAAGUUUCUGGAUAAAAGUGAUGUUUCAAAUAUUCCAAAAUCUCAGAUGCCAGCUGUGAGAAGGCAUUCCAGCACCCUAAAACCAAUUUCAUCCAAGGAAAAAUCUACAAUUAAUACCCUGGAAAGUGUCCAUGAUGCUAUCAAUAAACUCCAAGAAAAUUACAUUUCUGCAGAAGAACUUCAGUCCACUUUGCGUUCAACUAAUACAGUGGGGAUUGCUUUAUCAGAUGAAGAGUUCCAGAAGAUUGUGGUGGAGACUCAUAGAGAUGAAAAUGGAAUGCUGAACUUAGAUGACUUUAUUAUGAUACUCUCUAAGGAGCAAAAUUUUCCUGACUAUGAUGCCCUGGGUAGUAUCAUCAAAGGCCUUAAUAAAAUUCGGAAUGAAAAUAUUGCUUAUGAGGAUUUAAAUACAUGUCUUCAAAAUUUUGGAGUUUACCUUCCUAAGCCAGAAUUAAAGAAGAUCACAGAAUUAACUGAAUUUGAUGCAUUGAAAGAGGCUGUCAGCACACUGGACUCCAUGAAAGGAAGCCAUCAGUUUGAUAAAGACAGAUAUUUGGAUGGACUGAAAAAUGGCUUGGCCAGGAGCAAAGGGCGGUGCCCAUGCGAUCGCAGGCGGUGCCCCUGUGAUCGGAGGCAGCGCCCAGGAGGCAGAGCCCGUGUGAUCUCAGGCAGUGCCUGUGCCAUCAACACCACGCGAAUGGAGAGCGGCCACAGGUGGCGCCCAUGCGAGUGGAGGAGCGGCGCAGGGAGACAGCACCCAGUGAGCAGAAGAGCGGCCACAGGUGGUGCCCAGAGUGAACAGAGAGCGGCCGCAGGAGAGGAAGCAUCUGUGACAUGCAGGAGUCGGAAUGCUAUUCCUCAUUUAAUUAUUUCUUUCUCUAAAUAUUCAGAUUUUAGAAAAGAGGUUCUGUCUUGGAACCUGAAAUUGCCAACAGUAAAUUAGAUCAAAGAAGCUACUGACAUCUUGUCACAUGUUGAUGAUGGCCAGAUUGCUGUAUCUGACUUGGAGCAUGCCUUAAAAUAUUUGAAUGGUAAUUUAGCUGAGGAGGACUUUAAUGAAACCCUUAAACAUUGCAAUAUCAGUGAUAAUAUGGAAGUGGAUUUAAAAGUUUUUUUAGUGGAAAUGAGAGAAACUCCAAAAUUUAAAAAGUCCAUAGUUACACAGCUACUCACAGCUGUGCCCCAAGUUCUCCAGAAUGAUCUAAUUGAUGUCUUUGAUCUCAAGAAGUUAUUGAUGAGCAAUGACCUUCAUACAGCUAAUGCCUUACUGACUGAAGUAUUAAAAAAUGUACCUGAGCAUGGUUUAUUGAAAAAGACCACAACUCUUGAUAAUAUCAGAAAUAAUGAGAUGCCUGCAAAUGAGCUGAUCUCCAAAAUCUUGAAUACUGGGAUUCCAGUAAGCCAGAAGACAUUGCAAGAGGUCCUGAAAUGGGCAUCUAUUGGUGAAAAUGAUGAAGUAAGCCUCAAACAAAUUUUGAAGAGUUUGAACACAAGCAAACCAGAUCCUAUAUUGGGAGAAAAUGGACGCAUUUCCCAAAAGGAUGCUCUUUUAGCGCUGAAGAGCAAUAAGUGUUUCCAAGAUUUUAGAGAGAUUAAUGAAUUUGCAAAUGCCAUGGGCAACAUUACCAACGCAAAAAUGAAUAUUGGUAAUGUAAGAAAUACUAUGAACGGCCUAGGGAUUUGUAUCCCAGAAGAAGAAUAA